CUCCGCGCAUCCCUUCAUGCGCGCUCUGGGCACGGAGGUGGAGGCGGAGGCGGGGGUCUCUCUCUCUCUCUCUCUCUCUCGGCUCAGCCAUUUAAAUAUCAACCCGUGCAACUGGUCAGGGGCACUGAAAACAAGACGCCCCGCUUGGAUCGGAUCAUUUGUCGGCUUUUUCAAGAGGAGCGUCGCACGGGAUGUCGAGCCUUCUGGAGAACCCUCUGCAGGCGGUGCUCUAUCUGAAGGAGCUCACCGCCAUCGUGCAGAACCAGCAGAGUCUGAUCCAAACUCAGCGAUACCGGAUAGACAUACUCGAGCGCCGGCUGGAGGAUCUAGCGGUUGAGAAUCGGCAGCUGCGGGACUCCAGCAGCCAUCACCGGCACCCUCCCCGCUAUCAUCCGCCUCCGCCCCCCCGGACCUCCAGCCUGCCCCGAACCAGCAGAGCCGGGACGCCCCCGGUCCAAACCAAGCAGCAGCAGCAGCAGCAGCAGCAGCAUCAUUCCCCCCUGGACAUGCAGCUCGUUCCUGCGGGACCCAGCAAUGCCAGCCAAGACUCUGCUGAUGAAGAUGAUAAUGAUGCUCAGGACCCCUGCUGUCGGUCCCUGGUCCCACAGACACCUGCCACCUUGUGCCGAGCUGUGGGACUCCCACGGGCAUCUGAGAGCCAGACCGUCCUGCACCAGUUCUGCUGUCCCGCACCAGAGGCCCCAGAAGGAGACUCCCUAACCUGCUCCAGCUCGAUUCCUGCUGCAGGAGAAGAACAGAAAGAUGAGAAAAAAGAGGCCCAGCAUGACGCGCCGCCCUGCUCACAUCCUCCAGAAUAUGAGCUCUCUCCUGAUCUCAAACAAAAACAGAUAGAGGAACUGGAGCAGAAGUACGGUGGUCCUCUGAUUUCCCGGCGAGCGGCCUGUAAGAUCCAGAUGGCGUUUCGUCAGUACCAGCUCAGUAAGAACUUCCAGAAGAUCCGGAACUCGGUUCUGGAGAGUGGGAUCCCGCGGCGCAUGUCUGUGCGCAGGGUCCGGGUACAGAGGGACCGGUUUUCUGCUGAACGGGCGCUGAUGGAGGGAUGUUCACUCAUGGGCAUCCCACUCAGACACUCCACCUCACUGCCGGUGGCCACUACAACCACACUCACACACCUGGAGGACACAUUCACUGAACAGGUUCAGUCAUUAGCGCGGUCUAUUGAUGAGGCUUUGAGCAGCUGGAGUUCUAUUCGAGAUGGAGAAGGAGAGACGUCCACUGCGGCCCCUCCCUCUGGAUCCCAUCCCGAGGGGCUCCUGGUGGACCCCGCUGCCCUACAGGAUGCCAAGCAGAGCGGCUGUGGGGAGAACAUACCCCGCAGCGCCAGUAAACUCAUGAUGGCUUUCAGGGAUGUGACUGUUCAAAUUGACAACCACAACUUUCGCCUCUCCUCCUCAAUGCUGGAGUCAGUUUCUCUUGGUAACGGCGUAGCCAAGGAGACCAGCUUGGAACCCCAAAUGCGGGGACAGAACGCAGGCCAGUCGGCAUCAACGGCUACGGCAGAGCCUGAGUUUCCAGCUCCGCCACCCAGUGAGGAAGAGAAGGAGAACCAACAGCCAACCGGAACAGACGAACUGACAGCAGGGGCGGGACCGGAGGGGAAACAGACCAAUCGGAUUGCAUCAGAGACAGCGGAAAACAGCUCCGAGCCCGUCAGUAGCAGCAGCACCUCCACAUCAGCAUGUGAGACGAUGAUUCUGUCUCUGCCCCGCCCACAUUGUCAGGACACGCCCUGCGGCACACUCUCCACAGAUAUUGCACGCAAACGCCUUUACCGCAUUGGACUCAACCUCUUCAAUGUCAAUCCAGACAAAGGCAUCCAGUUCCUGAUCUCCAGGGGCUUUAUUCCGGACACAGCCAUUGGUGUGGCUCACUUCCUGCUGCAGAGGAAGGGUUUGAGUCGACAGAUGAUUGGAGAGUUCCUGGGUAACAGCAAGAGGCAGUUCAACAGAGAUGUGUUGGACUGUGUGGUGGAUGAGAUGGAUUUCUCCAUGCUGGAGCUGGAUGAAGCUUUGAGGAAGUUUCAGGCUCAUGUGCGAGUGCAAGGAGAAGCUCAAAAAGUCGAGAGACUCAUUGAAGCAUUCAGUCAGAGGUACUGUAUGUGUAACCCUGACGUGGUGCAGCAGUUUCAUAACCCCGACACCAUCUUCAUUCUGGCCUUCGCCAUCGUUCUGCUGAACACAGACAUGUACAGUCCCAACAUCAAACCAGAGCGCAAGAUGCUUCUAGAAGACUUCAUACGCAACCUACGAGGAGUGGACGAUGGUGCAGAUAUUCCACGAGAAAUGCUAGCCGGGAUUUACGAACGGAUUCAGCAGCGGGAGCUGCGCUCCAACGAGGAUCAUGUGACUUACGUUACCAGAGUGGAGCAAAGCAUUCUAGGAAUGAAGACAGUGAGUCACUUCUCUACCAAUUAUACACAAAGGUCACGUAAAUGUGAAAAGUGCAUCACCUUUCGGUUCAGCUUGCACUUUGAAAAGGUGAUUAGAGACCGUGAGAUGUCUGACCGAACAACUGGCUUCUCAACAUUACAUUUAUUAUUGGGGGAACUAGAAAGACAACAGGUUGUGAGAAAUCAAACUAACAAGAACGGCACACAACUAGACAUCCACGCUGGACCUAGUUCUGCUUCAGGGGAUGAUUUUUAUGAGAAAACGGGAAGCAACACGGUAGAGGUGUCAAUUCACAACAGGCUCCAAACGUACCAACUCAGCUCUCCUCUGGCCCCACCCAGCGCUCAGCAACACCUGGCCGUCCUGCCUAGCCCCGCCCCUGGCUCCGCCCUCACCAUCUCCCCCGACACCCUGAUCCAGUGCCAGCAGAUCGUGAAGGUGAUCGUCGUAGACUCUGCUGGGCGUGGCCACGUGGAGGCGUUCCUCAGCCACAACCCUGCCCAUCGCCUCAUCCAAUCAGCCGUCUCCACGCCCACCAGGUCACGGGAGGCAGGCAAGCAGCAGCAGCCGCCCCUCCCUCCCCCGCCGCCUCCUUAUCAUCACCCGCAUCAGUUUUGCCCCCCGACCCCUCCGCCUCCACGCCACCUGCUGAGCCAACGCAGGUACUCCAGCGGGACACGCAGCCUAGUCUGAACAACACACAGAUCGGUUAACAACUGUUAAAGGGACGGUUCACUUAAAAAGAACAUUCUGUCUUUAUUUAAUCAACCUCAUGUUGUUCCAAACCCAUAUGAGACCCUGGAUCACA